AUGUCGCAGAAGAGACAGCAGGAGGAUGGGUUUUUCAAGGCUCGAUCAGAAGGCAACCCUUCCGAAGAAAAGCGGCGAAAAGUUCCUUCUUUCAGAAGUGUUGUGCUGGAGGUGAUGAGCUUGCGUAAAGUCCAGCCUAUUAUUGAGCCAGUUUUGGAGCCCUUGAUUCGUAGAGUUGUAAGUUCAUACCUUAGAAACAAGUUUUAACUGUGAUUUGAUAUUUUGUGGCUUAACUUAUCCAGUUUCUUAAAGAGUCAUGUUGUGUUGUUUACUUAAGACUUACUUGAUUCGAUUGGGCACAUAGGAGCAUGUUCUUCGAAUUUGGUAGAACAUUUCACCAACUAUUUUUUCACUACUUUUGUGAGCAUAAAUCACCAAUCACGUGUCAAAAUAUUAUCAAUAUAAUUUGGCAAGCCUUUAGGUGAUGUAUGGGUAAUUGAUUUAAGGUAAUCAAAGGUAGCUGAGAAGAUUGAAUGGAGAUUUUGGGGAAAAUUGGAUCUCCCACCAUUUGUGGAUAGGUAUAUGAGUUGUAACCAAAUCUCAAAUAUAAUUUUGUAACUAGCACUGGCUAACUAGGAUCAAAUAUUUUUCGAAGCAAUAUUCAUGGAUGAGGGGCUUAGGAUCGAUAUCCAUGAAAUUGUAGAUGGACCUAGAGGACGUGUGAAUAGGUAUUUUCAAAUUAUAGCUCGUUUAUCAGCUGAAUAAAAUUAUUUAGACCAAUAUUCAUGGAUGCACAUGAAAGUGAGCCCAUUUAUUCUCUUAUGCAAUCAAUCACAUGGUGUAGUCAUUUUUCAAUGGCAUGCAAAUAUUUAAAGCAAUCACACAAGAAAAGAGGCAAAUGAUUGUUUAGUAAACCGGAAAAGGAAAGAAAAUGAUCUCGUCCAGCCCUAAAUUCACUAGAUGUGACUCGACUUGUUCAAAAGACUUGUAACAUUUUCGGACUCCAUGCACCGAUGUUCCUCUUGUCUUGAACCUACUUUUGAUUCCA